CCAGGCACGGGCAAGACGCGCACGAUCAUCGCGCUGAUUUCUUUGCUUUUGUUGUACGCGUGCAAGCUGUUGGUGUGCGCGCCGUCGAACGCGGCGGUCGACGAGAUAAUGCGGCGGCUGGUGCGGCCGCCCGCGGAGGGCGGCGGAGUGUACGACAAGCGCGGCGCGCUGUGCGCGCCGAACGUGUUGCGGCUGGGUCCGGGCUUCCACAACGACUUGCGGCCCUGGACGCUGGCCAGCGCGCUCGCGAGCCAGAACUUGGACCGCGACGGCGCGAUGUCCCUGCAAAACUCGCUGAUCGAGCGGGCAAACAUCAUUUGCUGCACGCUCUCGAUCGCGGGCAGCAGUGCGCUGGUGAACAGCGGUGCGGAGUUCGACGUGGUGAUAAUCGACGAGGCGUCGCAGGGCGUCGAGCUGAGCACGCUGAUUCCGCUGCGCUCGAAGUGCAAGAGCAUGGUGUUGGUGGGCGACCCGCGGCAGCUGCCGCCGACGGUGCUCAGCCGGCUGGUGCUGCAGAUGCGCUACAACGUCAGCCUGUUUCAGCGGCUGGAAAGCUUGCAGUACCGCAUGUGCCUGCUGGCGACGCAGUACCGGAUGCACCCGGUGAUUAGCCGGUUCUCGAGCGAGGAG